ACAAGAAACAAAAACAAAAAGAAGUACUAUCAGCUAUAUCUCAAUAAUUAAAGAAAUAUGAAGGCAUGGCUGAUAUGUUUGCUAGUGAUUUGCGCGGCAGUGAUUGCGGAACCAGUGGAGAGUCGGAAUUACAUAGAAUAUGGUGCGAUUAACAAGUGUGCCGGUCCUAAUCCUCCUCCGGGAUGCAAUCCUCCCGGGGCCGAACAAAAGAACCCUACUCCCGUUAACGAGUAUAGCCGUGGCUGCAGCAAAAUUCAUCGGUGCAGGCGCGAUUGAACCGUAGUACCGUUCAUCAUAUAAAAUUCUUCAUUUCAAUGAGCCCCGUACGUAUUUGCUUUUCAUGCAUAUACAUACACUUGUAUAUGCGUAUAUGCAAGGUGUUUAUGUGUUUCAAAUUAAUUAGGUAUUAAUGUAUUAAUCCUCAGUUUGUAUUAAAGAUAUGAAAUAUAUAUUUUG